AUGCAGUCACUUCUCCUCACCACGGCAUGCCUGAUGCGUUUGUCAGGACUUGUCUCUGCCACGUCGCCUUCAGUGCAGAUUGGAGCAGGCACUUACGUGGGGACACUCACGUCUGUACGGGCAUCUGCUCCGACUGCAAACGCUUACCUUGGAAUCCCAUUCGCCAAACCGCCUGUUCGCUUCAUGCCUCCUGUUGAAGCGCUGCCCGUGGUCGGCGAAUUUCAAGCAACAUCAUGGCCGCCAGCAUGCAUACAGCAAUCUCUUGGCUUCGUGGAAUACAACAAUACCGAUGCUGCGAACUUGCUCACAUCCACAUACAACACUAAAGAAAGCGAAGACUGUCUAUACCUCAACAUCUUCACGCCCACAAAUGCCACCAAAAGCUCCAAGCUGCCGGUUAUGUUUGAGAUCUAUGGUGGCAAUCUUCAAGGGGGUGGAAGCAGUCUUCCCAUCUACAAUGGCGCUUCACUUGCUGCGGAGGAAGACGUUGUAGUCGUCACCAUCGGCUACCGGGUUGGUCCUUUCGGCUUCGUGCCCAGCGAAGAAGUGGACUCUACCUUGAGAAAUCCAGGGUUUUUGGACCAGCGUCUGGCUCUUGAAUGGGUCCAUCACAACGUCGAACACUUUGGCGGUGACUCGAGCAGAGUUACCAUCCUUGGCCAGUCUGCUGGCGGAUAUUCUGUCAAGCAGUUGUGGGCAAACCCACCCAACCCAUUGCGUUUCCACGCAGCCAUCAUGGAAAGCGAAGGACUCCUGUUGACCAGAAAUGACUGGCCAAAUCUGGUAGCGAACCUCAACUGUUCGGCCGCUCCCUCGCCUCUCGAAUGCGUCCGGGCUCUACCUGUAGGUGCGGUCAAGGACGCAUCGCUCAGGGAUGCUACUGGCGCCAUGGCUACGAAUGCAUUCUCGAUUCUAUCCUUCCCUCCUACAGUCGAUUACCUAACGAACACCAAUCGAUCUGAAGUAGCCGUUGCUACAGGCAAGGCCGCAAGGAUACCUAUCCUGAUUGGAUCAAAUGGCAAUGAGAGUGCCGCUCUCGCAAAUGGACUGAACGCGGCCACGGCCGCUGUGGCGAUUCCACUCCUUCUGAACUCGACUGCGGUUUCGACUCUCUUCCCGACCUGGUACAGCUCUGCCCUAGCACAAGGUGCUCAAAGCGAGGAACAAGCUGUCUCGAAGAUUGUCAACAACGUCGUCUUCAACUGCCCCAUCAGCAUCCUGUCUCAGACCGCUUCAGCUAGUGAUUACUCAGUCUGGCGCUAUCUGUACAAUGCGACAUUUGCAGAUCUUAACACCUAUCCCGAUCAGAUCAAAUAUGGUGCGUACCAUGGCGCCGAAGUUACAAGUGUGUUCGGCGUAUACCCUUCUGGGGAAGAUGAAGCGGCGCAGCAGGCAUUGGCGAGAUAUGUUCAGGGCAUUUGGGCUGGGUUUGCCAGAACUCUGGGAGGCAGCGUACCCUGGGCCAAGGUCGACACGGAGGUGGACAGUGUCUUCCGGAUCGGACAAGAUAACGUCGCGAAUGGGUCGACCAUCUACUCUGGCGUGGUGGAUGGCGAAUGUGGUUUGUACGAUGGAUAUGUGUUGUCGGCAGCCAGAGUGUAA